CCACUAUAUAACAUAUUUGGCCCUCUUUCCUUCUUCUUCAUUGUCUCGAGACCUUCGUUGGGAGUUGCUCUUGUGAAGAGAGCGCCGCCACCAAGCAAACUCCUCGAAGCCUUCGCCAUUGAUGGCGCUUCCGAAUCAGCAGACUGUGGAUUACCCAAGCUUCAAGCUUGUGAUCGUCGGGGAUGGUGGCACAGGGAAGACGACUUUCGUGAAGAGGCAUCUCACCGGAGAAUUCGAGAAGAAAUAUGAACCUACGAUCGGUGUGGAAGUACAUCCCUUGGAUUUCUUCACUAACUGUGGGAAGAUUAGGUUCUAUUGCUGGGAUACUGCCGGGCAGGAGAAAUUUGGUGGGCUGAGAGAUGGAUACUACAUUCAUGGGCAAUGUGCUAUCAUCAUGUUUGAUGUCACAGCACGGCUUACAUACAAAAAUGUUCCAACAUGGCAUAGGGAUCUAUGCAGGGUUUGUGAGAAUAUUCCAAUUGUUCUCUGUGGCAACAAGGUUGAUGUGAAGAACAGGCAGGUUAAGGCUAAGAUGGUCACAUUCCAUAGGAAGAAGAAUCUGCAGUAUUAUGAGAUCUCUGCCAAGAGUAAUUACAAUUUUGAGAAGCCAUUCCUCUAUUUGGCUAGAAAACUUGCUGGGGAUCCCAAUCUCCAUUUUGUCGAGUCACCUGCACUUGCGCCUCCCGAAGUUCAAAUCGAUCUGGCUGCUCAACAACAGUACGAGGCUGAGAUUGCUGCUGCAGCAGCACAACCGCUGCCGGAUGAUGAUGAUGAUGCAUUUGAGUAGAGAAACGAAGCAGGUUUUGGCUUUUGGUUCUCCAGGAUUAAUCUUUGUAUGUGGCCACCAGAUUCAUGUGCUUAGUAGUUUUAUGCCAGGUGUCUCGAUUUUUGUUUGUUUCUCUUCUUUUCUUCGAAAUGGUCUGGUUUGGUCUGGGCUUGUCUGAUAUAGCGGCUGUUUUGGUUUAUGAUGAGCUGGUUUAGUUCAGCAGCAAUGCGCAAUCAUAACGCAGUGACUAAAUGUGUUUUAUCUUUGAAAUGAUCUCCAAACUUGGUUGUUACUUCUUAUGUUGUUAUUUAUGAGUUACUAUUAUUAUUUGUGCA